AUGAAGGUAAUGGGAGUUGAAGAUGGGUGGAAAGUCAUCAAUAAAAUGCAAGUCAGAGGUGCACCUGCUAUAGCUAUUGUGGGCUGCUUAUCUCUUGCUAUAGAAUUAUUAAACAACAAUACCACUGAAAAAAAGAUAAUGAGACAAGAGAUUGAAGGUAAACUUAAUUACUUAGUAUCAGCAAGGCCAACGGCAGUUAACAUAAAGCUGGCAGCUGAAGCAUUAUUGAAUUUAGCAAAUAGUUUAAAUGCUGAUGAAAAUGUUUCAGUGGAAGCCUUCAAAGAAAGAUUCAUCACUAGCAUCGAAAGUAUGCUAAAAAAAGAUAUCGAGGACAACAAAGCAAUAGGAACAUUUGGUUGUGAGGCUAUUCUCAAUACAUUAAAGUGUGAUGGUCAAGUGACGGUACUAACUCAUUGCAACACUGGCUCAUUAGCUACAGCUGGUUAUGGCACUGCUUUGGGUGUAAUCAGAUCUCUGUUUGAAUCAAAUAAACUAGAGCACGUCUACUGUACUGAAACUCGUCCUUAUAACCAAGGGGCGAGGCUGACUGCAUAUGAAUUAGUUCAUGAAAAAAUUCCCGCAACACUAAUAGUUGAUAGUAUGGUUGCAGCUCUAAUGCAUGCAAGAAAGAUCACUGCUGUAGUAGUAGGGGCUGAUAGGGUAGCUGCCAAUGGGGAUACCGCAAAUAAAAUUGGAACAUAUCAAAUUGCCAUUGUUGCUAAACACCAUAACGUGCCUUUUUACGUUGCUGCACCUUCAACAUCAAUAGAUAUAUCCAUAGCAUCAGGAGAUAAGAUAAAAAUUGAAGAGAGACCUGAGAAGGAAAUGACACACAUUGGAGAAUACAGAAUUGCAGCUCCUGGGAUCGCUUGCUGGAAUCCAUCCUUUGAUGUAACCCCUGCAGCAUUAAUUACGGGUAUAAUAACUGAAAAAGGAGUGUAUGCUCCAGAUACUGUCAUGAAAGUUAUGUCAUGU